ACAAAUUAUUGAAAAGAGAUUUUGUGAGAUGUUCCAUAUAAUGUAAACUAAUAUUUGUAUAAUUUAGACGUAGACAGUCCGAGUUCAUUAGUGUCCAACUGUCGAAGCUAGUGAGUCUGUACUCUGUAACUGUAGUCACUGAUAAAGGUAACAGCAAAAAAGAGUUAAACUUGUUGAGUUUGCCAAGCUCACCAUGAGUCCUUCUGUGAAGCUACUCAGGCUAAUUGGGCUUUUGGUUUUGGGCUUGUUGGGACAAUCGGUGGCAGUAAAAUGCGGUGGCGGUGGCAGCCGGAGUUGCAAGUUCCCAGCUUUAUACAACUUCGGUGACUCAAACUCGGACACAGGAGCAAUAUCUGCCACGCUUUCAGAGGUUCUUCCACCUAAUGGCGAAAGCUUCUUUGGAAAGCCCGCUGGAAGAGCUUGUGACGGUCGUCUUGUGAUAGAUUUCAUUGCCGAGGAAUUGAGGUUACCUUACCUUAGUCCUUACAUGGAUUCACUUGGGACUAAUUUCAGACAUGGUGCCAACUUUGCCACUGGAGGUUCGUCUAUUCGGAAAGGAGGUUAUAGCCCAUUUCAUCUUGGGGUUCAAAUAGCACAAUUCAUGCGUUUCAAGUCUCUUUCUGAUCGACUCACUUCCAAUAGUAGUGUCUCAAAAGGCAGGCUUCCAAGAGCAGAGGACUUCUCAAAGGCUCUAUAUACUUUUGAUAUAGGACAGAAUGAUUUGGCCAUUGGUUUUCAAUACUCGAGUGAAAAACAAGUCCAAGCUUCCAUUCCUGAUAUACUUGGCCAAUUAUCUCAAGCAAUACAACAACUAUACGAGGAGGGAGCAAGAUUCUUUUGGGUACAUAACACAGGUCCUAUUGGUUGUAUACCAUACAAUGUUAUAUAUUACAAAUCAAAGGCAGGUAAUCUAGACAAAAAUGGGUGUGUGAAACCUCAAAAUGCAGUGGCUCAGGAGUUCAAUAGGCAGCUUAAGAACAUGGUUUUAAAGCUCAGAACACAACUCCCUCUUGCUGUGUUUACCUAUGUUGAUGUCUACUCUGCGAAAUAUGUGAUAGUUAGUCGAGCAAAAGGACUUGGUUUUGUUGGUCCAAUGGAGUUCUGUUGCGGCAGUUACUAUGGCUACCAUAUAGAUUGUGGGAAGAAAGCUAUGGUGAAUGGAACGCUUUAUGGUAAUCCUUGUAAGAAUCCGUCGAAGCAUAUUAGUUGGGACGGCAUACACUAUUCUCAGGCUGCAAAUAUUCAGAUUGCUAACCAAAUUCUUAAGGGUAAGCUCUCUGAUCCACUGGUUCCAAUUGGGGAAGCUUGUCAUUAUCCCAAGAAUAAUGUAUGAUAAGUUCAGUGGUUCACCAUAGUUGCUAUGCUUGAAAGCUCUUAGCUAGAGUUAAGAUACUGCUUCUAGCAUUACAAUGUUAGGCUAUAGUGUGCUUGUUUGAACAUCACCUCAGUUGGAAUUACUUCAUCAGAAUAAUAAAGCCUAAGGCAUCUCGAAGGGAAGAAAAUAGUCUCUUGUUGUAUUGUUCUUCUUCAGAUUUCACUCAUUUGGUUUGAUAAUAAAAGUAAAUUUUACAGGUUUGGAA